AUGAACAGCGCUGCGUCUUACAAUCCACUCACAGUCCCAACUGCGCCCCUCAUUGAAAGUCAAACUGAUCAACAAGUCCCUUUUCAACAACAGCAAUACCCAAUUCAGUCUGCUCAAUAUCAAGGACCAGCUUAUUCAGAAUAUCAACCCCCACAAUAUCAACAAAACUAUAACCAAAGUACACCAAUCUUUGCGCAACAAACAGUCGAAGACAACAACACACUCAACGUGAAAUACAACAAAAUCUUCAUCAUUUUGUUUGCACUUGGAUUUCUGUUUGUGGUCCCGUGGUUGGCCGGUUUCAUCAUAUCGAGAAAAACAACAAACAAGACAGUCAGAGUACUCGGGUGGGUGUCACUCCUUUUGUUUUGGGUAGUCGGUGUCAUACUUUGCUUCAUACCAGCAAUGAUUAUUUAA